UUAAGUCGCUGUUCGCUUAAUAACUGAGUGUGACUAGGAAACAGAUGAUGCAGCUAGAAUUUACAGUGGGGUGAUUUAAUCAUCUUAUUUUAAUUUAGUUAGACAAAUCCGUUACGCUUAAGUUAACGUGACUUCAAAACGGUUAUUCCCAUACAAUGCGUGGGCAGAUAUAAGCGAACAGGUACGAGGAUUCGCUGGCAAGUUAUCCUUUAGUAGCUAGCUAGGCAGGACCCAAAAUCAGCGUUUGUUGAGAGUCGCACCAAUAAUGCAAACGUAAUGCGAGCACAAUUCCGUGUUGAACGACAAAAUGUGUUUUUUCUUCAGCUGACUCAUAUAUCAGAUAAGGAUUUUUAUUCAACUGAAGUUCAAAGAAUACGGGAAUUAAGUUUUUUUCAUCUGGGAGUCGAAUGGCCUCUGUUGUGACGGUCAAGACAGAGAAGCGACCUGCUCCUGAUUCUGAGGAUGGUGAAACGGUGGCUAAAAAAGCCAGAAAGUUAUUACCCAGCCUAAAAACCAAACGUGCUCCAGAGUUGGUCCUGGUGAUUGGCACUGGAGUAAGCUCGGCCGUGGCUCCCCAGGUCCCAGCACUGCGCUCCUGGAAAGGCCUGAUUCAAGCAUUACUGGAUGCUGCCAAUGAUUUUGACCUGCUGGAGGAGGAGGAAAGCAGGCGCUUCCAGAAGAGUCUACAGGAGGACAAGAACCUGGUGCAUGUUGCUCAUGACCUCAUUCAGAAACUCUCUCCGCGGACAGGAAAUGUGCGUUCCACCUUCUUUAAGGACUGCCUGUAUGAAGUGUUUGAUGAUUUGGAGUGUAAGAUGGAGCAUGCAGGGAAGCACCUGCUGCGGUCCGUGCUCCAGCUAAUGGAAAGCGGGGCGCUGGUCCUCACCACAAACUUCGACAAUCUGCUGGAAAUCUACGCAGCUCACCAAGGCACUAAGUUAGAAUCCCUGGACCUCACAGAUGAAAAGAAGGUCCUGGAGUGGGCUCAAGAGAAAAGGCGGCUGAGUGUGCUCCAUAUCCAUGGCGUUUACACAAACCCCAGUGGCAUUGUGCUGCAUCCAGCUGGUUAUCAGAAUGUUCUGAGAAAUACUGAAGUCAUGAGGGAGAUCCAGAAGCUGUAUGAAACUAAAUCAUUUGUAUUCUUGGGCUGUGGACGGACAGUUGAUGACACCACCUUCCAGGCACUGUUUCUAGAGGCAGUCAAACACAAGUCUGAUCUGGAGCAUUUCAUGCUGGUGCGCAGAGAGGAUGUUGGAGAGUUCAAAAAGCUCCGUGACAAUAUGCUUGACAAGGGCAUUAAGGUCAUCUCUUAUGGUAAUGAGUAUGCCGACCUGCCCGAAUACUUUGAGCGUUUGGCCAAUGAGAUCUGCAACAGGGACGUGGUGACCAAUGGCUGUGGAUCUCCAAUACGAGACCUAGAGGAAAACCAAAAUGGCUUUAGUACACAGAAAAAUUUCCUACAAGAUUACAACUCAUGACAGCCUAGGAUCUCAGUCAAGACACAGCAAUGUCACAGAGUUCAGCUGACCCCUCCAGUCUUGUCUGGUGUUGCUGGUUCCUCAUCAACAACAGACUUCAGACUCACUAGCUAUACUGCUUGUUGUCAGGUAAAAAGGAAAAGAUGCCACGACCCUCUGUGCACUGAGUUUUGAUGUAAAAGAAGCAGAGAUGGGAUGAGAGGUGGAAGAUCCUGUUCAGUAUCAUUUAGCAAUCCCUGCCCACCUAGAAGGCAAGAGUGAGAGUAAUUAAAGUAGUUUCACAAUAUACUUUGAAAUCCAGAAUUUUCUUCUCAUAACAAAUACCUUGAAAACGUAUCCAUACAUGUUUCUCACACACCCAUGGAAAAUCUUGAAAUUGUUUGUGUUUGGCUGAAUUAAAUGAGCAGUAUAACUGAAUGUAUAUGGUUCUCAGGCCUUAACUUGAUCACAUAACAGAAGAUCACGUAAACUUCAUGAGAUAAAGUGAGAGUUAAAAAAAAAGAAGAAAAAAAAAAACUUCAAAAAUUCAUCACUGACAGCUGAGUCAUUGUGAUCAUUAAACAAAUUAUUUUAUGACAACCAAGUGCUAGACCACUCCUUUAGGGAUGAAAGAAAGAAGUUGUAAAGAGUUCUUCAUAAAUCUUUUGUAUUUUUACUAUGUCUUUGUUGUUUUUGUU